AUGGGAGACCUCCCUUCUCCUCGCGUUAAUUCAUCUUCCCCGUUCACGCACACGGGAGUGGAUUACGCUGGGCCUUUCCUCAUUACUCUUUUCGUUGGAAGAGGACAGAGAGCGAGACAAAAUUGGAUCGCGUUGUUCAUUUGUCUUGUCACGAAAGCCAUCCACUUGGAGCUAGUUGACGACUACUCCAGUGCAGGAUUCAUUUCCGUCUUUCGGAGAUUCGCCGGGCGUAGAGGCCUACCCAAGAAACUUUACAGCGACAACGGGACGAACUUCCACGGCGCUGACCGAGAGUUGCAGAACGCGUUCAAAGCUCUGACAAAAGAUACGUCUUUACAAGACGACCUCGCGAAUGACAGAAUAGACUGGCAUUUCAUACCGUCCGCGGCUCCUCAUUUCGGCGGAUUAUGGGAGGCGGGCGUGAAAAGCUUAAAAUCGCAUCUCAAAAGAGUAGCCGGUUCGCGUACUUUGUCGCAGGCUGAAUUCGCGACGCUUCUAUGCCAGAUAGAGGCAUGUCUCAACUCGCGUCCGAUCGCUGCCCUCAGCGACGACCCGAACGAUUUGUCUGCGCUAACGCCGGGCCAUUUCUUAAUAGGUCGACCUAUGGUAGCCGUACCUGAGGAGUCAGUACUCACGAUAAACCCGAACCGACUCUCACGAUGGCAACUCAUUAAUUCAAUGAAGGAGCAAAUUUGGCGUGCUUGGUCGCUGGAUUACUUGCACACUUUGCAGCAGUGCAGCAAGUGGACGGAUAAGUCCCCCUGUUAUCGCGUAGGAGAGCUCGCGCUUCUCAAGAAUCCACUGCUCCCUCCGAGCAAGUGGGAACUCGCUCGAAUUACUUAA